GAUGCAUGUGCUUUUGGAAGCUGUUGAGACUGAGGGAUAUAUUCUCCAAUAAUGCAGAAAAGUAAUAAUCACAGUAAUCCGUCUACACCUAGAGCUCGGCAUCGUAGACGGUCAAGUGAGGCCAUACCUGAUAUUACUAAUGGAACACCUUUGCUUAUCAAUGAUACUGAGAAAUAUAAAUCGAUGCGAAUCCGUGUAUAUUCUGCUUUGUGGAUGCUCGUGGGAUUCAUCUUGAUCGUUUACCUAGGUCAUCUUUAUAUUUGUGCAAUGGUCAUUGUUAUACAAAUACUAAUGGUGGCGGAACUGUUCAAUUUACUUAGAAGAGCUCAUGAAAACAGGUGUCUUCCUGGCUUUAGGCUCCUGAAUUGGCAUUUUUUCUUCACAGCUAUGCUCUAUGUUUAUGGGCGCAUCUUAAGUCAACAACUCGUCAAUACUGUCACUUCUGAUAAAUUCUUAUAUAAGCUUGUGAGCGGUCUUAUCAAGUAUCAGAUGGUCAUCUGCUAUUUUUUAUAUAUAGCAGGAUUUGUGUGGUUCAUUCUUACACUGAAAAAGAAGAUGUACAAGUAUCAGUUUAGUCAAUAUGCAUGGACACACAUGAUUCUCAUUGUCGUAUUCAGUCAGUCCUCUUUAACAGUGGGCAAUAUUUUUGAAGGAAUAUUCUGGUUUGUUUUCCCAGCACUACUUAUUGCUAUCAAUGACAUAGCUGCUUACUUCUUUGGGUUUUUCUUUGGAAAAACCCCUUUAAUAAAGCUUUCACCGAAGAAGACAUGGGAAGGUUUUAUUGGAGCAUCCGUUGCAACCAUGAUAUCAGCUUUUGUGUUUGCAAACAUCCUUGGUGGCUUCCAGUGGUUAACAUGUCGGAGGAAGGAUUUAUCAACAGGAUGGCUUCAAUGUGAUCCUGGCCCACUUUUUAAGCCAGAAUAUUAUCCAUUACCUAGAUGGUUUCUUUGGAAAGAGAUUUCAGUGCUGCCAGUGCAAUGGCAUGCUUUGUGUUUUGGUUUAUUUGCAUCCAUUAUAGCCCCUUUUGGGGGCUUCUUUGCCAGCGGUUUCAAAAGAGCUUUUAACAUCAAGGAUUUUGGUUAUAGUAUACCUGGACAUGGCGGUUUUACUGAUAGAAUGGACUGCCAGAUGGUGAUGGCGGUUUUUGCAUACAUAUAUAUCCAAUCAUUCAUAAUCCCUCAGACUUAUCCCGUGGAGAUUAUUCUGGACCAGAUUUUAAGGAGCCUUACUUUUGAGGAACAGAAAGAGUUGCUAAAGAAACUGGAGCUGGUUUUGGCGGAGAGGCAAUUUGGAACAAUUUGAAGCAGCUAUAUUUAUUUUUAUUUUGUUGCUUUUUCCUCUAAAAUCAAAUUAGGAAAUUACAGGAGACAUACAAUGAGCAUAGGAUAUAUUUUGCCUUUACAAAAGAAUCCAUAUAGUGAUGUUUAAAAUCAAACAGUAGUCUGGUAGUUGAAAACCCUUCCUCCCUCUUGCCUCUUCUUUAUACAAUUAACUUAACCAUAAGAGAGUACAAUACAUUUGUAUUAUGCCAGUACCAGUUAUAACAUUCGAAUGAUAU